AUGCAAUCAUGCGGCAGGAUAUAUUUCACUAAAAACUGCAUUUUUAAUUCCGGAACUAUUACAAACAAUGGACAAAUCCAUGCAGGAGCAGUGUAUAUCAGAUGCUAUCCAUAUUGCUAUUACAAUGUUUCACUUGUUUACAACAGUUUCUUGAAGUCUCCUAGUGGAAUGCCAUUAACGACUCAAUUUUUAUUGUAUACGCAAACUUUAGCUUUGGAAUCGUUUAACUCAUCCGUAAACACCCAUACAAUCCUGGCAAACGUCGGAAUCGAGAUCGAUUUGCCUUACGCCAAAAUUACUCAAAUGACAAUCGAAUCGAGACCGCUAUCAUCUGCUGGCAUCCUCACUGUCGAUAACGCGAUUCUUUACAGAAACAUUUUCACGAAAAAUCUUUGUACUUGGAUAGCAAACGCAGAUCGCGCUCUAAUCAUAUACAGGAACAUCACAAUCAUAAGAGGAUGCGUAAUGGUUCGAAAUAGCUUCAGUAUGAUCGCUGCUCCGAUAAAUAAAGAAUUAAGUAACGAUUGUCAGUUAUUCGAGUCGAAUUUCGAUAUUGAUCCCGGACCAUACAUUCAAGUCCAUACAUUUGUGAACUAUUCCUACGGUUAUACAUUCGCAUAUUACUCAUCCGGACAAUGUCAAGCGAUUUUCAUGUCGAGAUCGAUGUCGCUGACACCAUCCCCAACAUCUACAAUUGGAUCUGAUAAAAUUGCUGAUUUAGGACGAAAUGUUUUCAUAAUUAUCGUUUCAAUUCUUGUUGUCAUUGUUGUGAUCGUCAUAAUUUGGUUUAUUGUCAAGUCCAAGCUUCAGAAGAACCACCACAAGUAUCUCGCGUCCGAAUUCAAGUUCUCUUACGAUACUUCUGAUUAUUCCGAAGAUAAGAAACAGGAAGUGAAAGUUGAGUCGAAGGAAACAUCCCACAACAACGAAAUAACAAAGAUAACUGAUACUUCUUCGACUGAGAAGGUAAUAAGCAUCGCAAAGGACUCUGAAACUGAAUCAGACAAUAAAAUGCCAAAAUUCCAAAUUUCCAAUGCUGUAAGUACUCCAAAGGAUACUGUGACGCCUCCAAAGGAAUCCACAAAUAACAACUCUUCUGACAGCGAAGAUUCUGUUCAUCCUGAAAUUGAUAACUCGUAUUCCGACCAGGAACAUGAAAACAAGGACCAAAAUGAUGUUAAAAAAUAA